CAAACUUCUGAAGAGAAAGAAGUCUGAAACAGGGCUGCAGGGAGUGACUGGAGAAUGGUUUGAAGAAAUACAAAGAAAAAAGUUUCAGAAUUACAUUGAUGUCAAUAGAAUGCUAAAACCACCAUUAGAGCAUCAGCUAAGGAAGUGCAAAGACACCAAUCAUAAAGAAUUAAAAAUGUCAUCCCGCACAAAUCCUCAAGCACAAAAGAACACUUCAUCUUCCUUUCUGGGGCUCAGAUCACCUUUUUCUUGGCUUUCCUCCUUUAGAAAAUCAAGGAAAAACCAGACUCAGAAGCAACCACGAUAUGACAGUUCUGCUAGCCCAUCUUCGAAAGUGGAAGAAAUGGCAACGGCUGAAAUGUGUAAUUCCCCAAUGUCAACUGAAACAAGUGGUCAUUCUUUUGAUGCAAACCAAAAUGAAAUGAUGCAGAAAAGUACCCAGGAAUGGAAUGAACAGCUAGAGAAGGAGUUUUUCAGUGUUCUAAACGAUCUGGAUGACCAGCUGGCCCAGGAGCAAGCCCAAGACCCAUUGGACAGGACAGUUUCCACUAGCAGUGCAUCAAAUGUCCAAUACAGUAGUGCAUUCCCUACUUCAAAGAGGCAGACUGCUAGUAGGGCGCAACACAGAAAUGACUGGAGUGACAUGCCUAGCACAUUUUUCCCAGAUGGACUAAGAACAAUAAGAGCCAAAGAUGAACACAAGAUUUUCAUCAGACCAAGGAAAUUACACAGUGCAUAUAUAAACUGGCACCAGGCAGCCUUUCAAGAAGAUUACAAAUAUGGUGAUCCAGUUGAUGAAAAUCCUCGUCUGCUAAGCAACAGGCUGUCUUCUGUUUCUUUCGGACGGUCUUCAGAAGGUAGCUUAUAUCCUCCUUCCAUAACACAGAACAGUGGAUUUAGGCACAAGACUUGUAUGAACAAGGACACAGCUGGCAGAAGUUACUCUGUAUGUUCCCUUCGGAGGUGUCCAUCAUCAGUAUCUUCUGACCAGCUAUCAGCAUCUAGUUUACAACAGCCGUUGGCAAGGGAGAGCAACAAUGGUUUUGUACCAAGGUUUGGUCGACAGAACCCAAAGAGAAUUCCUCUGUCUUCUAUUGUAUGGAACAACACACCAGACUCUCCUGGACAAACAUCAACUCAAGAAAAAAUGUUUAGAACCCAAUCACUGAUGGAGUUUCAUGCUACAGAUCAUGGUAGGUAUCCUAGCUCUUUGCAAGAAACCAAGAAAUACGCAUGUUACCACCCAAAACACCACUACAGAAGAUCUAUUUCAAGCAGUAAUUGCUUUAGUAGAGUUAGUUGCCCUGACAAAGCUACUUCUCCGUUGCCCUUUGAUAACUGGGAAAAUUAUCCAUUAUACAAAUCGGAAAAUAAUCUCUCUAGAUCCUACUAUAGAGAUACUACUUCUCAUGGCAAGUUGUAUGCAAACCAAAAAAUUUCUCCUUAUGGAAGAAAAGACAGCUAUCCUUCUUGGGCUGAUAUUCCUCAGUACUACAGUGAUGAAGCAUUUAUUUCCCCUGAUGCCAGCUUUGAAGUAAUUAUGGGUAAUUUAAAUGACCAGCAGUGGGCACAUACGAAGAAUGCCAAGUUUGGUUCACAGCGCCUGCAGAACGAUUUUCACGUGUAUUCUCCAGAAAAUACGAAUAUCAAAAGUAUAACAAGAAGUACAAAUAGAACUUUUUCAGAAUUCACCGAGGGCUGUCAGCCUUGGCUGAGUUAUAACUCUUCAGUUUCUUCAUCUAGUACCAGAACUGAUGAGUCAGUCUUUCCUAAUUCGAAGGACCAAACAAAACCUAUAGGACUGAACAGGAAUUCAGUCGUCGUUACCCAAAGAAGUACUAAGGCAGACUUUACACAACUAGAAAAGAUUGAAGGUAUGAAACUGCCAGAUGAAGAUAUGCCAUUACAGUCAGUUUCUCAACAAGUAGAUGUAAACUGCAUCAACACCCAGAGGUUUCCCUCUAACAGCCCUGCUUCUGCCAUGUUGCAAAGCGAUGCAUCUCUCUUUAACACAAUGAGAUCAACGAGACAAACCCAAGUCACUGCCAGAGGAGAUACUGCAAAAAUGUAUACAUCAAGUGGUGAUAAAAGAAAUGUACAAAUGAAGGAAAAGGAUUGCCCACCCAACAGUGUGUUCAGUCAGCCUCCCUGUAUUUUGCCAGCUGAUGAGAGCAGGAAGGAACCUUUUCUUCCAAGUCAGAAAGAAUGGGAACAUAAUCUGCAUUAUGCAGCAAAAAGGGAGAGCGUACAACAUGAUAAUCGGAGUGCAGAAGCCAUUAACCAAGCUGCUCCAAAGAGACAGUGCUCACUGCUGAAUGUUGCUUCUGCUCCAUCCACUGAAAAAUUAGCAAACUGUCAAGGCAUGUUGUCCUGUGCAUCUAGCUCCUCACAAAGCUCUCCACAAGCACUUUCUCAUAAAGACAAUUCUAAAUGUUUAGGAACACUAGCUAGCUCUUCAGUAAAUUGCACAGUUACUGAAUCUCAAGCAGAAGGUAGAAAAACAGCUCAAGUGAGCAGAAUAGGUGUUACCAAAAAAAUUUCACAGAAAACACUGCAAAAUACAAGCACUUUGGUUACUAAAGACUGUAAUGGACAAUUCACUACUAGUUCUCCACAAAAUGGAAAUUCUGGAAAUGUUUAUAUGCAUAGCUUUGAUGGAGACCCCAAGACUUCUGAACAUAGAUUAAGUUAUUUUUGCCUUGAAAAAGAAAGCGGAAAAAUAAGGAGUAAUUCACCUUGUAUUGAAGGGUUUCACAAGCAAGACAGCUUGCUGAGACAUACCAGUAGCUGCAGCAUUACUGGCUCCCCUAGCAGAAACAGCCUCAAAUCUCCUGACCCACUUGUUAUUUAUUACACUUUGCCUAGAAAAUCAGCUAGCAUUGCUGGUAGUAUUAUGUCAGAUAUGCCCAUCUCUUUACCUAGAGAAAGUAGAACAACAUAUGAUUGUUUAAGGUCUGAAACUCCACGUAGAGCUGAUGCCUUUUGUUCUAAUCAAAGAGAUGUGUCUUGUUUAGACUCAAAACAUUCCUUUUCAACAUCAGCAUCAUUAAAUAGUAACAAAGAAAAAGACUACCCCAGUCCUUCAACCAAAACUCCUAAUGAUAGUACAUCAGUUGAACUGACAGAUAGAUGUAAACAUCUAAGCAGAAGAGAAUCCUCUGUGUUUUCAGAUUGUAAGGAGAGGGGAAAUGUUUUGCAGAAAUAUAAAACCACAAGCACAUUUACAGUUUGUGUUGAUGAAGAUCAUGUCAAGUAUCAUGAACUAGUUUCAAUUUAUUAUACGUUACCACGGAGGCAUUCAAGAACAUUUUGUAACCUCUUUAGAGAUAAUCCAGAGGAUGCAGAUUUACCUGGUCCCAAAGAAAAUGCUCAGUCACCAAGAAUACUAAACAAGAAAAACGAAGGUCAUGUGAGUUUAGCAAAUGUUUUUUUCCCCAGUACUUUGGAAAAAGAGGUGCCUUCAUAUGCUUCUGACCAAGUAUCUUCAGCUCUGGUCACACCUCAGAACUUAGGAACUGCUGUUGAUAGUGAAGAAGAGAAUUCCCACUUAUCUCCUAGCUCUGAGAAGGUAUGUACUUCAAAGUCAAUGAGUAUGGUAUGUAACAGGAAAGAUAGUUCAGCAGAUCUUUCAUUAGCAGAAAAUGUGCUCUCUGACAUGGUGACAAAAGAAAUUUCUUUUGGUGGUCCACAAUCCACUGCAAUAGUGGCUAAGUCAGGUAAGGCCAUUUCUGAUGCUUCAAGCAGCCAAAAUACAGAAAUAUGUCUAAAAGAAAAGAAGGACAUUUUACAAACAGCCACACCGCUAAUGUCCACUUUAUCAACCCCUCCCAAGCCAGGUAGACGUUUAGAGAAUCCUUUGUAUUCUACUUCAACAAAUAAAAAUAUUACACAGAAGAGAAACUCUGAAAACUGCUGUCAGCCCCCUAAAGUGAACACCAAUAAAAAUCUGAAGAGUUUACUCCUCCACCCAAGAGAGAAGAGCUCCCUUAGAAGGAAUGGUAACACAGAGCGUGCUGACGUGCCACUUCCUCCUGCGGAAGACACGUGCAGGGAUAGUACUGAAGUCAAGCAGAGAGCAAAUUUCCUACACCAAACCACUGCUCUGUUUAAUAAUAAAUGUAGUGGACUGCAAUUAAGGGCUGACAGUUCAAGAAAAAAUGCAAAUGAUUUAAACUCUUGUAGCAAAGUGCUUUCAAAGUCUCAGAACAAAGCAUCUGAGGUAAGCACAGCUUUCAGUGCUGAUCCAUUACUUCAGCUAGACAAAGUGGUUCACACAAAUACAGAUGAAUUAAAAAAUUCAAAAAUUAAAAAAGAGCAAAACUCACCGAGUACUCAGAUGGGUAAAGAUUAUGAUGGUUUGCAGGAAUCAGAGAGGCACAGUGAAGGCAGCCUGAAUGUUAACUGUAAAGAUAAAGUCCUCGGGGUUACACAAGAUCAGAAGAUAACGCAGAGUGCAGAAGACGAGAACAAGCUUCUCUCUGACUGCACAAGAGACAAAGUCAAAGAUAUAGAAAAAAGGAAAAACAGACCUUCAAUUAAAAAUAAACUGGCAGCUGUUUACAAAACAAGUCGAAAAUUUUCAAGUAAAAAUUUACCCCCCAAACCGCACAUAAGUAACAUUUUUUCACAGAAUGAUGGAAGUGCCACUUCUUUAGAGGUUGACAUGUCCGUUGACUCAUUGAUUUCAACGGAUUCCCAUCAGCCAUUCCUGCAGUCGGACAAUGAAAAUCAGAAUCACAGUCUGGACCCUGAUAAGAAUACGCCAAGACCAAGAACAGCUGAGAAUAAGAAGAAUGAAAAUCAGAAUCACAGUCUGGACCCUGAUAAGAAUACGCCAAGAACAGCUGAGAAUAAGAAGAAAGAAAAUCAAAAUGAUCCUUCUUUACUUGUUAAUAACACCAAUUGGAGGUCUUUUACAAGCUCGUGCACCCAGAAGGAAGCCAUCAGUCCCAAAAAAACUACAGUGAAAGUGGAAAAUAGGCCAAGUCUUACAACCCUAUUUCCAGAUAAAGCAGUAACCACAAGAAAUAAGAAUUCCCAAAUUGAUCUCAGGUUAGAAAGCAAAAGCCAGCCCAUCUCUCCCAGUGCUACUACAUCAGACCCACUGGCUGAUGAAAAAAGAAGAGCUAACAGUCGUGCCUGCAGUCCUCCCUUGCCACUUUUAACUGACAAAAACUCAAACACAUACAUAAAUAGCUGCUUGCAGGCAGACAUAUGUCAAGAGCAAAACUUGACUUCCCAGGCAGUGCUUGGUCAGUGUCAAAAUACCUCUCAGUCUGCUAGCUUAAAAAAUGCUAACUUGCAUAGCUAUCAGUUGCGGAAGAGUCAUGCCAAAAGUCAGCGUGAGCGUCACCUUUCUGAGAGUAUUUGUGCUCGAGAUUCCCAUGAGACCUUUGCCUUGGGAACCAAUAUUCUACCAAAAGAUGGAAUACAUGGGAAGAGAUUUAAAUCUUACUCGGAGCUGUUGUCUUGUGAUGAAAAUGAAAACUGGGCAUCAGACGAUGAAAAAUGUUACAGUACUAGAAAUCUGAUGUAUCCUUCUGUUGAAUUUGGUAUAUUUGGCAAAGAACAGCAGUUGGCUUUCCUGGAAAAUAUCAAGAGGUCACUCACAGAAGGGCGAUUAUGGAGACCUUGUCUUCUUAAUAACCCUGGUGCUCUCAGAGAUGGAGAGACCCCUUCUAUAAACAGGGCUGAGCUUUUGAGCUCUAGUCCUGCUGGGAGCAAACUGUCAUCGGCUGCUUCAUCCCCCCAAGAGCUGACUGAUAUCUAUCGGGAAGACCCGGCAGCUUAUUCGGACUCAGACAGUGAUACCACCACCGAUGAUGAAUACUACCUAGAUGAGAUAGAUAAAGAAUCAGAGCUAUGA